AUGUCCUGUGGAAACGUUUUACGAUGGUACCAGCACCACAGACUAAUACGAACAGGAGAAACAAACAGGAACUCUCCUGCCCAUGAGCAGGAACUUGCAAUACUGGAAAUAACAAGCACGAAGGAGACCGCGUUCAUAUAUGCGGUGACGUCGGCGGGCCUCGUGCAUUCGGUGACGCGAUCGUGCAGCGCAGGAAACAUGACCGAGUGCUCCUGCGACACGAACCUGCGGCACGGCGGCUCGGCCAGCGAGGGCUGGCACUGGGGCGGCUGCUCCGAUGAUAUCCACUACGGAAUGUCAUUCAGCAGAAAGUUCCUGGAUGUGCCCGUUAAGAACAUAACGGGCAAGAACGGGAGCGGACUGGCGGCGAUGAACCUGCACAACAACGAGGCUGGGAGGCAGGCUGUAGCAAAGCUGAUGUCAGUGGAUUGCCGUUGUCACGGUGUUUCUGGGUCCUGUGCUGUGAAAACUUGUUGGAAAACAAUGUCCUCCUUUGAAAAGAUUGGCCGGUUUUUAAAGGAUAAGUAUGAAAACAGCAUACAGAUAUCAGAUAGACUGAAAAAAAAGCUACGCAGGAAAGAGAAAAGCCAGCGAAAAAUACCGAUUGGGAAAGAAGACCUGCUGUAUGUGAACAAAUCGCCCAAUUACUGUGUCGAAGACCAAAAACUGGGGAUCCCUGGGACUCAGGGAAGGGAAUGUAACCGCACCUCGGAGGGGCCCGACGGCUGCAACCUGCUCUGCUGUGGGCGCGGGUACAACACCCACGUCGUCAGGCACGUGGAAAGGUGUGAAUGCAAGUUUGUCUGGUGCUGCUACGUGCGCUGCCGGAGGUGCGAGACCAUGACCGACGUACACACCUGCAAAUAA